AUGACACACCAGCCUUCCGUCUUCUCCCACAUUCGCCGCACCAGGCCGAGAGACUACAGGCUGAGUGGGGGCACCAUGACCCCAGAGAAGGGGCGAGCGGGCGGACCGGCCGGAAGUGCCAGGCCCUGCUGCCCUAGCUCUGGGCCCUGCUCUCGUGGGCACCGCUCCGUUCUCAGCGCCAACCUCCAAGGCCCCACCCGGCUCCUUGCGGCGCGCCCAGGGCCUUCCUCCUCGGAGCACUGCCAAGACCAGUUCAGGCCUGGCAGCCCAUCUCAGCCCCCAGCCGAGGAAGCCCCGGGCAGGGCUGCCUGGCCCCUCACACAGGCCACCCAGCCCCAGGCCUCCGAUGCGAAGCCUUCCCGAUCCCCUGGGACCCGCAGGAGAGACCGACAGGAGCUGAUGCUGAGGGAAGUGGGCGGGGCCAGGAGACAUCGGGCUCCUCUCCGCAGCGCGCGGUUCGAGGCGAUUCCCACAGAUUUGGGACCGAGUCCGUCCGCAGCCAGAGAGAACCGCGGGACCGAGUGCGCGGCCCAGCGCGGGGGUUUCACCUUGUCCGUUUUCCUUUUGCUCCGACGGUUCUUGCACAACAGACAAAGGCGUUUACCCUACGUCGGGGGCACGGGCCGGCGGGGACCCCCACGGCCUCCGGGCCACUCCUACCCCCCCUCCGAGGGCUUGGCCCGGCUCCGGCUCCUCCCUCGGGGUUUCCGGCGUCCGGCUCCUGCACCCUCCAGGCUGAGCGGCUCCAGCCGCCCUCACCCCCAGUCUGCCAACCCGCCUCUCCCGCGCCCCCCAACCCCCGCCCCCGCUGCGGUCUCCUCUCCCCGAUUACGGCCCCAAAGCACCCGGCGCUGCAGCGGGGACCUCCGAGCACCCAGCAAGCCUAUGGCGCUCGGCUCACCUCAGCCGGGGAUCUCCAAGCGCCAACAGAAGCCUCGGAAGGCUCGGCUCACAGCUGCACAGCAACAGUUCCUGAGUCAACAAGCAGCCGGAAGUGAGGCUGCGCCGACGUCGAUAAACCCCGCCCCUCGGCCGGCCGCCCACUUCCGCCGCUCCCGGAAGCGCACGGCUCACGAGCAUCCGCCACUUGUCCUCUCUCGUCUUCGUUCCCCCCGGGCCCGCGGCCCGCGUAUCCGAGGUUCCGGGACGUGGGAUGCGGGGGCGGGGCUGGAGUCCCCGGCCCCACCCCCCCGGGACCUGGGCACCUUCUGGGCCACGGCUGGCUCUGGGCUCCAGGGCUCGCGGCCCAAAAGGCCGGGUGACACCGGGCAAUUCCCAGACCCCAAGAAGGGGUCUCAGUUCCCUCCUCUGGCCAUGGUGGAGGGGGUGUGUGUGCGGUGGGGGUCGGAGGGAGGGCUGUACGCGCUGGCCAACUCCCCUUGCUCAGGCGGGGAGAAGCGUCCCCCCAGUCCUUGCCCAGCAUCCUCAGGACCACGGUCAGGGUCAUGUCUCUUCUCCUCUCUGGCUCCUUUAAACGCCUGGGCCUUACCUGGGCCCCUCCCCUUCCAGGUGAGCUCUGGGGCUCCGCCUCUUCUCAGCUGGGCUGGCCACCUAGGGCCACUGGGAGCCGGGACCUGCUCCCUCCCCUCCUGGCCGCCCGCUCCCAAAGCCCGGGUCCGAGUGGUCUCUGCUCUGGGCAGGUCUCGUCUCUGCCCCGCUAUGAGGGGCUUCCCCUUCCUGCUACUGCUAUACCUUGGGCUGACUUCUUCCCAAGCCCCCCAGCAGGGCCUGAAGAAGGAUCAUGGUUCUGAUGCUGGCCCAGACCCCACAGCUGUGUUCUUAGGAGCCCCCAGAGCCCAGAAUUUCUUAGGGAGCAGCCCAGGAUCUCGACGCUUCCCCCGGGCAAACCACUGGGAUUUGGAACUUCUGACCCCUGGGAACUUGGAACGGGAAUGCUUGGAGGAGCGGUGUUCCUGGGAAGAGGCCCGGGAGGUCUUUGAAGACAGGACCUUGACGGAUAAAUUCUGGAAGACCUAUCCCUAUAAUGGGAAGGGUGGCGCUGGGCAUGGCCGGGUGGAUGUGGCAGCAUUGACGGUGGGGCUGGGAACUGGCCUGCUGGUCUUGCUCCUGGCAGCCCUGGGCACAUUCUGGUAUCUGCAGAGGAGGAGGCAAUUGAGUCGAAACCCUGGGUCCUUUCCCCAAAGCGCUUUCCUGGUGAUAGAGGAUCUGCCCUUGACCCCCUUGCCGCCUCCCCCCGGUCUCCCCACUUACGAGCAGGCACUGGCAGCCUCGGGGGUGCAUGACGCACCCCCCCCACCCUACCAGAGCACUCGGCGGCCCCGCUGAGAAGACCACCUCCCCAUCCCCCUUACAGCAGCCCGCGCCUUCUCUGUCCCGUGGAUUCCCCCCCCUCUCCCCCACACACUCUGGAAGUCGAGAACGGGGCUGGAAAGGAGGAUUUGCUCGGAGAGACGCCUGACCCCCUCCCCCACAGUCUUCCUGCGGGUGCCCCGGCUGGGGUCUAACCUCGCGCCCCCCCCCCCCCCGGUCAUGUCCCAGACAUGUGCACACGUGUCCUAGCUCCGCGUGCAUACAGACGUCCGAGUGGGACGAGCCUCCAUUAUGGCGCUCCCUCCCCAUUCACAUAGUGGCGGGUGCCAGUCUCCCUAGGGGGUGCCCUAGGUGUGGCGCAACUUCUCCUGGUGCGUCCCUGCCCCACCGCUGCCUAUUGCCGACAGUCCCCAUCGGGAAGGAGGAGGGGGUCCGCCCGCUUCCCCCUCCCUCCCGGGGCUGCCCCCUCUGGCCUUGGCUGCACCCGCCCUGGGCCCAGUGGGAGAAGGGCUCGGGCAGAGGCCGGCCUCGCUCCGGCACGUCGGGCGGGCGGGCCGCGGCCGCGUCUGCGCGCUGGCUGCGGCAGGGGCGGGCCAGGCUGGGGGCUCCUUUCUCCAGCCCAGCCGGCCUCGGCCCCUCCCUCCCUCCCUCCGUCCGUCCCUCCGCCCGGCGCGGGCAGCUCUCUCCCUCUCUCCACUCCAGCCUUCGCUCUCGGGCUCGGGUUUUUUUUUUUUUUUUUUUUUUUUUGCAUUUGCAUUUGCACGGGAUUGUGGGAGGAAGCGGAGCGCAGCCAGACAGCCCGCCGCCCCCCGCCCCCCCUCCCUCUUCUCCUCUCCCCUCCCCCUCCCCUCCCUCC